AUGGAUCAUGUGCUUAACAUUGUUGACCUUUACGUCUUCACUCCGUAUGUGGACCCGGCCUCGUGGCCUGAGGAUGGGCCUCUGCGUCAGAUCCUCAGCCUGUGGGCGGUGACCUACCUGGGAGCAGGGCUGAUUUACCUGAGCUUUGGUGCUCUUAACUUCUACUACGUGUUUGACCAUAAGCUCAUGAAACACCCUCAGUUCAUCACGAACCAGAUAAGAAAGGAGAUGCGUCUAUCGGCGAUCUCCAUCUUCUGGAUGAGCUUCCUCACUGUGGCCCUUUUUUUCCUAGAGGUCAAGGGACACGGCAAACUUUAUGACAACAUCUACGCCUCUUCUCUGGGCUGACCUGGGAUGUUCCUGAGCAUUGCUGGUUUCUUGUUCUUUACUGACAUGUGUAUCUACUGGAUACACCGCUGUCUGCACCAUAAGAUCAUCUACAAGCACUUGCAUAAGCAGCACCAUAUAUUCAAGAUCCCGACGCCUUUUGCCAGCCACGCCUUCCACCCGCUGGACGGCUUCCUGCAGAGCUUACCCUAUCACGUCUACCCCUUCCUCUUCCUCCACAAGGUGGUUUACCUCUCACUCUUUGUCUUUGUCAACAUCUGGACCAUUUCCAUACACGAUGGAGACUACCGCAUCCCCGGCCCCCUUAUAUGUCUGAUCAACGGUGCUGUGCACCACGUAGACCAUCAUCUUUUCUUCAACUACAACUACGGACAAUACUUUACACUCUGGGAUCGCCUGGGGGGCUCCUACCGGCACCCGUCAGCCCUGGUGGGGAAGGGGCCACAUGACCACAUUUGCAAGCUCAUGGCAGAGGCUGCACACACAGAGUAA